CCGCGUGCUCCGCGGCCUGGCUCGGUUGCCAUGGAGCGCGCCGCGGUGCUUCGGGUGAAGAGGAAGUGCGACGGAGCCGCGCCGGUGGAUGCCUUGGUCUUGGCCUGCAAGCGGCUCCGGACGGAGCAGGACGGCGCCACCGCCACCGCCACCGCGUCCUCCUCCGCCGGCAAGGAUGAAGUGCAGACGAAUCUCUUCAAGCUGGUCGCGACUGUGGCCUCGGAGAAUGAGCCUGUUCAGAAGUACAUACAAGAAGCUCUUACCAAAAACAAGGCAGUGCAGCUCCUGCGACCUUCAAUAGCAAGUGCCCAGAGAGUCAUUCAGGACCUUCGCUCUUCCAAGCAGGCCGUAAGGCAGGAAAGCCGCUACCGCCUGGUUGCCAGCCACCGUCCAAAUCUCCAUGAUAGUGAAAGUGCUGUUCUCGAUGAAAAUGGGACGGAGCUGAAUGACAGCGCUCAAUUGGUUCCUGGAGCAAAAAAAGAUGCUUCUCAGAAAGAAAGUGGUGGAACCUCAGUCAGCUGUGGAGAAUUCCAGUUACUUGAUAUUGUACAAGAAGAGGAUGUGGGAAAAGAUGCUUUGCAGAAACAGGGUGAUCCCGAUGUGAUUCUCUGCAACGCUGUAGAGAUGAUCCGUGAGCGUUUAACGGUAUCCGAUAGUAAAGAAGCAGAGCACAGCUCGAAGGAAGAGGAGUAUGUUUAUGAUAUCUACUACAUGGAAACGGCAUCGCCAGGCUGGAUUGAGAACAUACUGUCGGUACGGCCCUACACCCAGGAUUGUGAACUGGUGGAUGAAUAUGAUGUUUCUGAAGAAAUAUAUGAGGAUGAGGAUGAUGAGAACCAUGAGAAUAACUGGCGCAAUGACUAUCCAGAUGAAGAUGAAUUUUCUACUGACGAAGAUGAUGAAUCAGAGAAUGGAAGCGUCAGUGAUGAAGAUAGUGGGCAUAUCAAGAGAACAUGGGAGAAAUAUCGGUCUGAUGUCCUGAAGGAGUUUGAGUACGAUGAGUUGCAGGAGCUGGAUUCUGAGUAGUGUGCUAUGAACCUGGGUAUCCAGGAUUCCCAUUUUGUCCUGCUUGGCCUUGGAAGACCAGGGCAUCGCCAGUUCCCAGGUCAUGCCUGUUCCAUACAAUAAGUGCUCUGCCUCUUACUCAUGGGAACCGCGAUGACAGUAGUCUAUUAGCAGAAAGUUCAAAAGCUGUAUUCCUUAAACGGAGUAAUUAUGCGUGGUUCUUUCUUUUUGUAUUUGCCAUGUUGAAAUGGUUGAAACGCUACUGAAAUGAAAUGAGGAUUUUUGCAGAAGUUAUCACUUCCUGGGAAUGCCGAUAAAAUGACCGAGAAAGCAUGCAGAAGAAGGUGUUCGUUUGAAGAAUUCUUGCAAGUUCUGUUCUUCUGUUGUAACAGAUCUGAAAGGAAAGAGACACUGCAGGCAUUUUUUUAUCUCUGCACUUUAAUGUGACUUGUUUGCCAAGUUACAUGUAGUUUUAAAAUAUGUAAUUAAAACAUGCUUUUUUCUUGAA